CUUUUUUGUAUUGUUUUUUAUCGCCUAUCGCCAUCCCUAUCGAAUUGCUAGAACUUGCUACGAAACGAAAUUGUAUUUUGUUUUUCUGAAACCAAACAAACAACGCAAAUUGGAUUUAAAGUCACAAACGAAUAGCAGCAACUGCCCCUCAGCGAAAUCCGAAGGAGCACAUAGAACACUCACGCAAAGUAGAUAAUCCGUUGCGUCCGCGAAUUUCAUCACAACAACACAAUGUUGCUGCGCCUUGCCCUCUCUGCCGCCCGUCCGGCCGGCAGUGUCAGCCUCCUGGCUCAAUCCUCGCAGCUGCUGAAGGCCAAGCCCAGCCUCGGCCUCGUGCGCUCCUAUGCCCGUGGUCCGGUCCGCAGCCGUGCUCCCGUGCAGCAGCAGCAGGCUCAGGAGCUGCGUGCUCCGACCCUGAAGGAGAAGCUAAUGGGUCCGCCCGGUGCCAAUGCAUACUCCAUGGGCAAGGGCGCCGCUGCCGGAGCAGCAGCCGUGGGCUUGGGUGCUCUGUGCUACUACGGCGUGGGUCUGGGCAAGCAGACCAGCAUUGCCGACAAUGCCAUCAUGUGGCCCCAGUAUGUGAGGGAUCGCAUCCAGAGCACCUAUGCCUUCUUUGGCGGCUCCUGUCUCCUGACCGCAGCCUCGGCAGCUGCCGUUUUUCGUUCGCAUCGUCUUCUGGAGCUGGCCUCGCGUGGCGGUCUCUUGGCCACAUUCGCUUCGCUGGCGCUAGUCAUUGGCAGCGGUGCCGUGGCCCGCUCCAUUGAAUACCAACCCGGUUUGGGAGCCAAGCACCUGGCCUGGGCUGUGCACUGCGCCAUUCUGGGCGCCGUAAUUGCCCCGCUGUGCUUUGUGGGCGGUCCGAUCCUCACACGUGCCGCCCUGUAUACGGGCGGCAUUGUUGGUGGCCUGUCCACUAUCGCCGCGUGUGCCCCCAGCGACAAGUUCCUGUACAUGGGCGGCCCUCUGGCCAUUGGUCUGGGCGUGGUCUUUGCCUCAUCGCUGGCCUCCAUGUGGCUGCCGCCCACCACGAUGCUGGGUGCUGGUCUGGCUUCCAUGUCAUUGUAUGGCGGCCUAGUCCUGUUCAGCGGCUUCCUGCUGUACGACACCCAGAGGAUGGUGCGCAAGGCAGAGGUCUACCCGCAGUACGGCUAUGCUCCCUUCGAUCCCAUUAAUGCCUCGAUGUCCAUCUACAUGGAUGUGUUGAACAUUUUCAUCCGCAUCGUCUCCAUCCUGAGUGGCGGUGGCCAGCGCCGGUGAAGCCUGAACAAGGACUUGUGAUGUUAUGAUAUAUAUAUAUUAUAAAUAGUUAAAAACUUGUUAUAAAUAAAGCAAUUUGAGCUAA